GCUGCCAGAAAAUUAGGCAACAAGCUUUCAGACCACUUCCUAGGUUGAUGCCACGUUCCUUUGUACACUUCCCUUGGGGAAGGUAAGCCUGCCCCGCCCACAGUGGCAAAGAAACAGCCUGAUGUGAAAAUACAACACAAGGUUCAGUCCCUGGGUGUCAGAUCAGAACUCUUGCACACUCAGAUCUUGUCCCAGGGGUAGCACGCGGCCGGGAGUCCGUGGUGGAGCCACUCGCAGGUGGGCGCAGACGGUAGGUGUGCAGGGGAAAAGGUGGCAAAAAUAUGAGCGACCCGGAGGCCAGAGACUGGGACUCCGGGGCGUCUCCUGACCGCAGUGGAGACCCUGGGGGAGCAGAUGCUAUCUCUAGGAGAAGGGGUGGAGCUUGCAUCUACCUUCCAGUCCAGCCCGCACUCCGUCUGGCUCCCUUUUUUCCUGCCGGCCUUUGCCAGGGAGACUUAAGUUGGCUUCUUCCUGGUGAGCAGCAGCCUGAUAUGGAGACGGUAUCCCUGCUGCUGUGCUGUGUGUCCAUAGCUCUUCCCCCUUGGAUCAGAGCUGAUGAAUGUCGGGACAUUAGUGUGCAAAAUGAGACAUCUUCAGUAAAUCAGCCUUUUGCUUUUAAUUGCACGUACCCUCCGCUAACAUCUGGGAAAGCACAUGUAACUUGGUAUAAAUAUCCUAGCAAAAUCCCAGUAUCCAAAAACAUGCAGACUAGAAUUUACCAGGAUCAAAACUGGAUUUUGUUUUUACCCCUGGAAAGGGAGGACUCUGGAAUCUACCAAUGUAUUAUAAAUAAUACAAAUAUGUGUCACCGAAUACACAUAAACCUAACUGUGUUUAGUGAAAUCAAGUGUGUUUCUGAAAAGAGUCAAGUGAAUUUAUCAGAUGAGUACAAGCAAAUAUUACAUGUUGGAAAAAAUGACAGUCUUACGUGUCAUCUGAACUUCCCAAAGAGUUGUGAUUUGGAUUCAGUAAAGUGGUAUAAGGACUGUAAAGAGAUUAAAGGAGAGCGUUUUGCUUAUUGGGAAAAAAAAAGAAAGCUGUCAGUGAGCAAUGUCUCGGCAGAGGACAGAGGGAACUAUUUGUGUGAAGCCAGACUGACUCAUGCAGGAAAACCAUACACGGUUUUACAUAGAAUUACUGUGAAUGUCACAGAAAAUGUUGGACAUGGAGGAAUAAUCCCUAAAAUAACUUAUCCAACAAACAAUACAAUCGAAGCACAACUUGGCUCUACCCUUAUUGUGGACUGCAACAUAACUGACACAAGGGAUAAUACAAAUCUACGAUGUUGGAGAGUCAAUAGCACAUUGGUGGAUAUUUACUACAAAGAUUCCAAACGAGUCCAUGAAGGAAUUGAAACCCACAUUUCUUUUCAGGAACGUAAUUUUUACACAGUGAACAUAACCUUUCUAGAAGUGAAAAUGGAAGAUUAUGACCAUCCUUUCACAUGCCAUGCUGGUGUGUCUGCAGCAUACUUUAUUUUAAAACCCCCAGUGCCAGAUUUUCCAGCUUACUUGAUAGGAGGGCUUCUGGCCUUUGCAGGUGCGGCUGUGCUUGUCAUGUGCAUCUACAACAUUUUUUGGAUUGACAUUGCACUUUGGUAUCGAAGUGCCUUCCAACCUACUGGGACCAUAGAAGAUGGGAAGCUCUAUGAUGCAUAUGUCUUAUACCCCAAGCCUCAACGAGAAAGCGAGAGCUAUACCAUAGACACACUGGUUCUGAAGGUUCUGCCUGAAGUACUGGAAAGGCAGUGUGGAUAUCAGUUAUUUAUAUUUGGCAGGGAUGAGUUUCCUGGAAAAGAUGUGGCCAGUGUCAUUGAUGAAAACAUUAAGCUGUGCAGGAGACUGAUUAUCAUCAUAGUUCCUGAAUCACUCGGCUUUGACCUAUUAAAGAACAUGUCAGAAGAACAAAUUGCUAUCUACAAUGCUCUCAUCCAGGAUGGGAUGAAGGUCAUUCUAAUUGAAGUGGAGAAAGUAAAAAACUAUACAGUUAUGCCAGAGUCAAUCCAGUACAUCAAACAGAAGCAUGGGUCUGUCCAUUGGAGUGGAGACUUCACAGAAGAGUCACUGUGUGCAAAGACUAAGUUCUGGAAAAAAGUGAGAUAUUUCCUGCCACCUAAAAGGUUCCCACCAUCUUCUCAUUCCUAGCAGCUGAAGUACAUUUCCUGUGACUUCACAGCUGACAACCGAUGUUCCAGCACAGGGUUAUUUACCCUGUGAUGCAGGUUGUCUGCUGGAAGUGGCUCACAUUUGGACAAGAGACACUGCAUUCAGGCCAUCUGCUUGAAGCUUGUCAUUGUGUACUUGAGCACAAAUAUUGUGUGAAUAACUGUGCUUGUUUGCUUAUUUUGAUCAGACGUACUUCUUUGGAAAAAGAUAUCAGCUCUAAAGAAGACCCUCAUUAGCUUAUUGGCUCUGAACACUUAUGAAUAUUUGCUGAACAUAGACUAGCAUUAGCAUUUGAACCCCUGAGGAAUAGGACACAAGGAAUUUCAGAGUUUAGUUCAGAUGUCAGGGAAUUGGCACGUGGUGUGGUACCUGUAGGGCCAGAGAUGGGAGCCUGAAUAGUCAGAGAAUGGCAGGAAGGGAGUCUGUGGGCUUGGAGAGGGCUGGGAAAGAUAAUGGCAGUUUUUGUACCUGGCCAGUGUCCAUAGGACCCUGGCACUCAGUGGAAACUUACUGUGUCUAUGAGCCUUUUUCACUCCUCUAAUGCAAAUAAAUAACCAUGACCACAGUCUUAGCAGGUUGAGACUGGAAAUGAGUCAGAGAUCAUCUAGACCAGUAGAACCAACAGUGAUGACACUGGAAUUGCCCAUUCAUCUCACUUCUGGUGGGUCCCAUGCUUUGAAAAACUUUAUCUUUCAAACCAAAAUAACUUACAAUUCACUUAUUUUUCCAGCUGGCCUAUGUCAGCCACAAUUCUGAGAAACAUGUGACAAACGUGGUUAUCAACCUGAGAUGAUGUCAUUAUAGUCAAAGUAAUCUUUCAGCUAGUCAGUAUACCUUCAUCACAGGUUAAUUCAUGAUUUAACAAGUCUCAAAGACUUUUGAUACUAAAAAUUUGCUGUAAAAUCUUGGCACAACUUCCAAAGCCCCUAAUCUGAAGAGUAGAUAUAGUCUACUGCUUCUUCUGUGCUUGACAGCACUAAGCCUCAAAAAGUGGCCUGCUAAAUAUUCUGGAAUUGGUGGCAUUUUUACAUACCUAUAGUGAACUAUCAGAAAGAGAAGCAAAACAAUCCCAUUUACAAUUGCAAUAAAAAACAUAAGAUACACAGAAAUAAACUUAACCAAGGAAGGAAAAGAUCUAUACUUAGAAAAUUACAAGAUAUAAUUUUCUUAUAAAGAAAGAAAAAAAGGGAAAAAGAUAUAAAUAAGUGGAAGCAUAUACCAUGUUCAUGUCAGAAGAAUUAACAUUAUUAAAAUAUCCAUACUACCCAAAGCAAUCUACACAUUCAACAUAUUUUUAUCAAAAUACUAAUGAUGUGUUUCAUAAAUGUAGAACAAAUAUUCCAAAAAUUUAUAUAGAACCACAAAAGACCCCAAAUACUACCCAAAGCAAUAAACAGAUUCAAUGAACUUCCUAUUAUAAUACCAAUGGCAUAUUUCAAGAUAUAGAACAAGUAUUCCAAAAAUUUAUAUGGCCUUUUAUAUUAAAAGGCUCAAAUAGCCUCAGCAAUCUUGAAAAAGAAGAACAAAGUUGGAGGUGUCAGAAUACAUGAUAUCAAGCUAUGCUACGAGGCCAUUAUAAUCAAAACAGACUGGAAAUGGCAUGAGCACAAGGCAUAUAGAUCAAUAGAACAGAAUGGAGAGCUCAGAAAUAAAUUCAUGACUUUAUGGUCAGUUAAUAUUUGACAAAGGAGGCAUGAGCAUACAAUGGAGUAAAGAUGGUCUCUUUAAUAAGUGGCAUUGAGAAAAGUGGACAGGGACAUGCAAAAAAAUGUAAGUAGACUACCAACAUACACCAUACAAAAGAAUAAACUCAAAAUGGGUAAAAGAGUUAAAUGUAAGUCACAAAACCACAAAAAUCCUAGAAGAAAAAAUAGGCAGUAAAAUUUCAGACAUCUCUUGUAGUAAUAUUUUUGCCUAUGUCUCCUAGGGCAAGGGAAAGAAAGAAAAAAUAAAUAAAUGGGACUACAUCAAAUUGAAAAGUUUCUGCACAGCUUAAAGAAACCAUCAACAAAAUGAAAAGGGAGCCUACUAGAUGAGAGAACAAAUUUGCCAAUGACACAUCUGAUAAGGUGUUAAUUUAAAAAAUGUAUAGAGAACUUAUACAACUUAAUAGCAGGAAGACAAACAACCUAAUAAAAAAUGAGCAAAGGACCUGAGUAGACACUUCUCCAAAGAGGAUAUACAGUGCCUAAUAGACAUUAAAAGAUGCUUAACACCACUAGCCAUCAGAGAGAUGUAAAUUAAAACCACAAUGAGAUAUCACCUCACAACUGCCAAAAUGGCUAGCAUCAGUAAAUCAACAAACAAUAAGUGCUGACAAGGAUGUGGAGAAAAGGGAUCUCUAGUGCACUAUUGGUGAGAAUGCAGGCUGGUACAGCCACUGUGGAAAACAGCAUGAAGUUUCCUCAAAAAAUUAAAAAUGAAACUGCCUUUUGACCUAGCAGUUCCACUUAUGGGAACAUAUCCUAAGAAUGCCAAAACACUAAUUUGAAAGAAUAUAUGCACCCCCAUGUUCAUUCCAAUAGCCAAGAUUUGGAAGCAGCCCAAGUGCCCAUUAGUAGAUAAAUGGAUAAAAAAGCUGGGGUAUUAUGCAAUAGAAUACUACAGAACAAGAAGAAACUUUUACCUUUUGUGACAGCAUGGAUGGACCUGGGGAUCAUUAUUAUUAGGUGAUAUAAGUCGGUCUGAAAAAGACAGAUACCAUAUAAUCUUACUUAUUUGUAGAGUGUAAUAAAUAAAAUAAACUGACAAACAAAACAGAAACAGAGGCAUGGGUACAUAGAACAGACUGAUGGCUGUUAGAGGGGAGGGGGCAGAGCAGGGCUGGAUGAAAGAAGGUAAAAAGAUUAGACAAAGAAUGUUUAUGCAUAACCCAUUGACACAGGCAACAGUGUGGUGAUGGCCAGAGGGAAGAGGAUAGGGAAUUAGGGCCAGGGGAAGGUCAGCAAAGGGAGGGAAAAUGGAGCCACCCGUAAUCGUGUAAACAAUAAAAAUAAAGUUAAAAAAUAAAUAAAAGAGAAAUUAUUUAAAAAUUUUAUUUUUCAAUUACAGUUUAUAUUCAAUCUUCUUUUGUGUUUGAAAAAAAUUUAAAUGUUCCUGAAUAGCCUCAGCAACCUUGAGAAAGAAGAACAGAGGUUUGUAGGUAUCAUGUUACCUGAUACCAAACUAUACUAGAAGGUCUUAGUGAUCAAAACAGCAUGGUGCUGGCAUAAGAACAAGCAUUAGAUCAAUAAAAUAGAAUAGAGAGCCUAGAAAUCAACCCAAAACUUUAUGGUCAAUUACUAGUUGACAAAAGAGGCAAGAACAUAUAGUUGGGGUAGACAGUUCAUUCAAUAAAUGGUGUUGACAUCAAUUUCAAAGAACCUAUGCACCACAAUGUUCAUAGCAGCACAAUUUACAAUAGCUAAGAGUUGGAAGCAACCUAGGUGCCCAUCAGUAAAUGAAUGGAUCAAAAAAUUGUGGUACAUAUACAACAUGGAAUUCUAUGCAGCAGAGAGAAAGAAGGAGCUACUACCUUUUGCAACAACAUGGAUGGAACUGGAAAGCAUUAUGCUGAGUGAAAUAGGCCAGGCAUUGAAGGACAAAUACCAUAUGAUCUCACCUUUGACAGGAAGCUAAAGAAUAAAACAAACAAGCAAACAGAAUAAAAACAAAGACGCUGAAAUAGAGAACAAGUGGGCAGCAACCAGAGGGGAGAGGGAAGGGAA